AUGCCGGAACAGAGCAACGACUACCGCGUGGUUGUGUUCGGUGCAGGCGGCGUGGGCAAGAGCUCGCUGGUGCUCCGCUUUGUGAAGGGGACAUUCCGUGACACCUACAUCCCCACCAUAGAGGACACGUACAGACAGGUGAUCAGCUGCGACAAGAGUGUGUGCACACUGCAGAUCACGGACACGACCGGCAGCCACCAGUUCCCCGCCAUGCAGCGGCUGUCCAUCUCCAAGGGCCACGCCUUCAUCCUGGUGUUCUCGGUGACCAGCAAGCAAUCGCUGGACGAGCUGAGCCCCAUCUACAAGCUGAUCGUGCAGAUCAAGGGCAGCGUGGAGGACAUCCCCAUUAUGCUGGUGGGGAACAAGUGCGACGAGACGCAGAGGGAGGUGCACACCCGCGAGGCGCAGGCCGUGGCACAGGAGUGGAAGUGCGCCUUCAUGGAGACCUCGGCCAAGAUGAACUACAACGUGAAGGAGCUGUUCCAGGAGCUGCUGACGCUCGAGACGCGCCGCAGCGUCAGCCUCAGCGUGGACGGCAAGCGCUCCAGCAAGCAGAAGAGGGCCGACCGCAUCAAGGGCAAGUGCGCGCUCAUGUGA